AUGGUAUCCAGGCACGCCGGGCGGCAGGCGAGAGGACGGCCGGCUGCGGCUGUCAAGAAGGCCUCGACAAAGAAGGCCGUCGUGGCGAAGAAGCCAGCGGCCCGGACGAGCAAGUCUUCCUCCAGAAGUCGGCAGACCUGCGCAAUUGCGAGCUUGACACGGUUGGUGUCAGAGUUAGGCACGGAAGCCCGACCGGAGCUUGCGAGUUCGCUGCCGCGAGUCGCACACUCGCCGCGGACGAACAUAAGCAUGGGGUCUUGCUUUGCUGGCUUCGGGACCGACCAUUGGAUGGCCAAGACCUCGGAGUACCUGUCCGAUUGGUGGCUCUCCAGCAAGUUCUGGGUGGAGAAGGAGCCGGCGGCAAGACGAUUCCUGCAAGGGAACCUGGACUGUUUGAGCUUCAAUGACGUCACGGCUACAGAAUUCCUGAGGGAUGCCCCAAGGGUAGACGUCCUGUCAGGGGGUUUCCCCUGCCAGACGUUUUCAGUGGCGGGCUUGAACCAAGCCCUCGGCGAUCCUCGAGGGCUCCUGGUGGCCUACGUCAUCAGCUAUUGCGCGAAGAACCUCCCCAACAUCAUAGUGCUGGAGAAUGUGAAGGGGCUUCUCACGACGCACGCGGCUGUGAUGCUGGAAGUCCUGGAGUUGCUCCGGAGGAUUGUUGAGCCCAGCGACGGCUCCAGAGCGUAUGAUACGUUCUGGAAGUUGUUGGACACCCUAGAGGUUGGUGGCCUGCCACAGCACCGUGAAAGGGUUUACAUAGUGGCCGUGCGCCGGUGCGGUCGUGAUCGCACGUUGCGUUGGCCUGGCAGCAUCCCGCGUUGUUCCGUGGAAAGCUUGCUUGGAAGCCGGAAGAAGCUAGCCAGCUUGGCUGAUUUUCCGUUGGACGAUGUGACCCAGAAGACAGCGCGGAAGAACAUACUCGAAGCCAUGAAGAACGUGAUGGUGAAGGCAGAAGCGCAGCGCCGGCCACCGAUCAGCUACACGCCCAUUGUUGAUGUUGCUGGCACAUCCCUCAACAUGCACUUCGACCACUGCCCGACCAUCACAAGAAGCAGAGGGAACAAACUGGCCUUCUGGUCCUUGAGCCACGGUCGGCAACUGUCGGCUGCGGAGCUCCUGCGCUUCCAGGGGCUACCGUCUUCAGGGCUGAACUGGUGCAUUUCCGACAACCAAAUGGGAGCGCUGUGUGGCAAUGCGUUCACUGGUACAGUUUACGCGCGAGUGCUUGCAGCAGCUUUGCAAAGUUUCUACGGUUAUUCUUGA